CAACCUCCAUCUUAAAAAGGCAGAAACAGCUGCGUAGGAAGAAUGUGCGCUUCGACCAGGUGACCGUGUACUACUUUGCAAGGCGUCAGGGAUUUACCAGCGUUCCUAGCCAAGGGGGCAGUUCCCUUGGCAUGGCCCAGCGGCAUAACUCUGUCCGCAGGUAUACCCUAGGUGAAUUUGCGCAAGAGCAGGAAGUGAAUCACCGAGAGAUCCUUCGAGAACACCUGAAGGAGGAGAAGCUUCACGCCAAGAAAAUGAAGCUGACCAAGAAUGGAACUGUCGAGUCCGAAGAGGCCGAUGGCUUGACGCUUGAGGAUGUCUCUGAUGAUGACCUCGAUGUAGAGAACGUGGAGGUGGAUGACUACUUCUUCUUACAGCCCUUGCCCACCAAGCGGCGGCGAGCUCUACUUCGAGCCUCCGGUGUUCAUCGCAUCGAUGCAGAGGAAAAACAAGAACUUCGCGCCAUCCGCCUCUCACGAGAAGAAUGUGGGUGCGACUGCCGGCUGUACUGUGACCCUGAGGCCUGUGCCUGUAGCCAGGCUGGAAUUAAAUGCCAGGUGGACCGAAUGUCCUUCCCAUGCGGCUGUUCCAGAGAUGGUUGUGGGAACAUGGCUGGGAGAAUUGAAUUCAAUCCCAUCCGGGUGAGGACUCACUACCUGCACACCAUUAUGAAACUAGAGCUAGAGAAUAAACGGCAGGUGAGCCGGGCCCAGGUUCUGGAUGAAGAGACCCCUCAUAGCUCCAGCAGUGACUGGCUGGGGAGCCAGUCCCCAGAGACCCAGGAUUUCCAGGAGUUCAUGGCGGAGAAUGAAACGGCAGUCAUGCAUCUUCAGACCGCUGAGGAGUUGGAGCGGCUGAAGGCUGAGGAAGACUCUAGUAGCGGCUCCAGCAUGGAAAGCUUGGGGGUGUGUAUUUUGGAGGAGCCGCUUUCUGUCUCCGAAGGGAUGUGCCCAAGCCUCGCCACACCAAUCCUCAUUCAAGCUCAGCUGCCACCAGGUUCCUCUGUUCUGUGUUUCACGGACAGUUCUGAGCAAGCCAGCUCAGCUGAGGGCAGUCAACCCUACUUGAACAAUGGGCCUGUUGUGUACUAUCAGGUUGACCAAAGGUCAGUGCUGGGGGUGAAGGGGGAAAAUAGGUCAGAGGAGCCCGAGGAGCCCCCUCGUUACACGGAGGAGAAGGAGCUAAGCAUCUACUCGGUCCCUGUGACUUCACUGGUGUCUUGCGGCAGAGCCACAGCCACCAGCAGUGUAGAAACAGAGAAGGUUGCUGAAUCUUUUGAGGCCCUGUCUUCUGAGAGCUGUCAGCCUGAAAUUCCUCCGCCAAGCCUGCCACUCCACACAGACGUGCCACAAGACAGCUUGCGGCCCCAGAAUGUGGUGCCGCAAUCUCCAGAGAGGGCCUGUGAGCUCCCCUCUUCUGAGGAGUGCUCUUUGGGCCCUUCUCUGGCCGUGUGACAAUUCCCAACCCAUCACCUUGAUGUUUAUUUAUUGACAGAAGGUUUUUAUCAAAUGGCCCCCGUCAUUGGGAAUUGUUUUAAUAUUGGGGUGGGGGAGGGAAAGGAGAAGGGGGCUGCUUUGUGUGGGCUCCACCAUAUAAGGACCUAAAACAAGCACUUAGAGCUGCCUCAGAGUAGGAGGAUCGGUCUGCUAGUUGGGCAGCCUCCUAGUUCUGAAGAGGUUGGGCCAAUAGGCAGUGGAACGUUGUAGGGGAGGCCUUGACUCCACCCUACAAGGACCAAAUGUGAAUGUGUCUCAUGGAAGCAAUAGAGCAAAGCUGCCUUUUCUAAAGCGCUGGAUGGGUUGGAGGGCAGGCGGAAGAGAACACUUGUUGCUACUUCACGACGUCAAUCAGUCUCUUUGCGUGGCGGAAUCUCUCCCUCCAGUUGCUGAUCCCAAGCGAAGCUGCUGCCGCCACCGCCGCCGCCACUGUCACCCAUCCCUUUCUGUCACUUUCAGUGCUGUGUCUUGGUAACGGUGACCUUACUUGCUUGAACUGCUCUAACCAGUUACACAGCUUAAGCUCUGCAACCUCUUAUUUAUGUGACAUUUACUGCCCUUCGUUCCCUGGAAGAAUCCCAUAUAUUUUUUAAAUUCACUAUGAAUUAACUUUGAUCAUGACUAGCUUACACCUACAGUUUGGCAUGCAACUGUUGUAAAAAAAUAAUUUUCAUCCUGGAGUCUGUCCUGCCCCCACCAAUAGCUUCACCCAAACAUGUUCACGGCCUGUUUUGCUAGUUGGCCUUUGCUGGGACUGAUUUAAGUUUAAAUUAACUUUUUUUAAAAAAAGCUGAAUGUUUACGGACAUGAUGUGACUCAAGACUUCUCACUGACUCUCUGAUCCUGAGCUGUCCUCUCCGACUAGAGGCCCUUUGGGGAUCUGAUUCUGUAAACGCCCUAGGAUUGGGUGGGAUCCAACUUCCUUCUGAAAAGAACUGCCAGUUUGGGUGGGCAGAGAAUUUGACAAAGUACUUGUUAGCCUUUUGACCCAUAGUUUUAUGAAUCAAUUUUCCCUUUCACUGUUUCAGUCUUUUCCAUUCUAGUUGCACAAGAAUUUGGAGGCGAUAUUGAAAGCUUUCUGUCCCCUUGCUCCUUGCUUAGCAACCUAGCAUUCUGGAUGACUUGAAAGGGCACAGAGUCUGUGUGCAGUAAAACUGCAACCUGCUGGGUCCCAAGCAUUUAGGGGUCAGUAAAUGUGCAAUAAGGUGGCACCUGCAAUUCCCCUCCCGGUGAAAUGUGUACAUUGUUCCAAUUGGUCUUGGAAUAAAGGGAGAAAGGACGCCCUUAUAAGCUGCCACUCACCUCUAUGACCACUCUAGAAUAACAAAAGCACUUUUCCAGCUUACCUUGUAGUAAACAACAGAUAAUCAUUGCUUUUCUCUGUCAUCACCUGUUUGACCCAGCUCAUGUUACAGCCCUGUGGUGUAUGGCCUGGAGCUUAGCAAGAAUUGGUUUCCCUGUAUUUAGGAAUCUUUCUUUUUUCAGACUGCUCAAGACUUACAAUGAGUUGCACGAAAGCUAGUCUGGGUAAUUCAGUUACCCAUAACUCCUUAUGCAUAAGAGAGGGUGGGAUUUAAGUUGCCUUUGCAGAGAUCUAUAUCCUCACCAAAACCUACCUCUCAGCUGAGAAAUAGUACAGGCACCAUCAGAACCUAAAUAGAUGUUUUGUGUUUUUCAGGCAUAUCACUAGAUCUGUAUAAAUGCUGGGCCAUAUAAGUUUCUAGAUGCUGAAUCUGGAAAGAUUUAACAGGUUUGCUCCUUAAUUGCAAAGCUGCUUGGGAGUAGGCAGAACAAAAAAACUCUGGCGGUAGCCAAGUCUAACUUAAUUCUUGGCUGUUAACGAUCAGUGAUGAGCAAUCGGCGCUGCCAGUGCAUCCAGAAAAGCCUAUUCUCCUGAAAGUGACUCUCUGUAAGAUAAACACAAGCAAAUGCUGUGUAGGCGGCAGCUGAGAAAAACUGACUAUAACUAUUGACAUUCCAGGCUUCAGAAUAGAUGCAAAGACUCCAGUACUAAAUUCCUGUCCGAUUUUUACCUUAUUUCACCCAAACUCUCCUUGUGCCGAUUAGCAUAUAGUAUAUAGCCAGGGCUCCUGUACUUUGCCAGACUACUAACUAUUUUAAUUGCUUUCACAUCACUACCUCUUUCGGGGGGAUUGUUUAGCAGCAAUGCUAUGUUUAGUGGGCAAAUACCUCCUUUGUACAUUUUAAAAUGUAACGGGAUGAAUGUGCAGCCUUAAAAAUGUCCAGUCCUCCUUUUGUCUUUAAAAAGCCACACAUGUUGCAUGACACACACACACACACAAACAUAAACACUCCUUCCUAUAUACUGGUCUCAUUCCUGAGAGGGUGUUUAGGCUUUUAUUCCAUGCUGUUUUACCCGUAGGCUACCAUUGGGUUUGAGGGUCCACUGGUGUCUUUAGGAGGAAUCUUUCCUAAUUCUCAGUUUGUCGUUUACAAAACAAGUGGUGCUAUAACAAGCUCGAUUUAUUUUGAAGGCAGCUGAUCCCAGAUGCAACUCUCACUGUAGCAAAUAUAUUUAGUGCUCUUCACAUCUGAAUCAAACAGAAGAGAAAAAAUUUCCUCCUACAUGAAUGCAUAGUUUUGUAGGUAUCUAGGUCAAAGAGAAGGCAUCUCUUAUAAAAAUUCUCAACUCUCUGAAAGCACCUUGGCUAUUUGUAAUAAUACUGACCCGUAAUUCUGGCGAUUGGGCACAAUCAGCACUAGAAUCAAGAUUUUCAAUGGGGCUUACCUCAAUUCUUGCAGAUCUGGCAGUAUAAGAAUCUCUUCCUGUUGAAUGCUUAAGCUGUUGCACCCCUUGGCCACCUGCCAAUACUCACAGAUGGUUUGGUGGAAUACACUUUCUGAAAAUGGAAGCAGCUUCACACUUAAAAUACCAGGAUUCCAUUUUUAUAAAUGCAGAAACAAUUCUCAUGACUGACAUUCCAGAAUGCAGUGAUUAAUGUAAUGGCUUGGUAGAAACCAAGCACUAAAAUACUACAUUCUUAGGUGUAGAUAACAGGGAAGAAAACAGAAACUCAACAUAGCCAUCAGAACUAUUAAAUAUUACACUGGCUUUCUUUUCCAUGAGUGCGCUUAGUUAUGGCAGAAAGACAACCUUAAAUAGCUAUUUAUAGAAAAAAAAAUGAGGAAAAAACACUCCUUCCUGAGCAUUAUGAAAAAAGAAAGGACACUGAUCUCAAAUGACAGAAUUUUAUUUCUAAAUUCUGUAAUAGAGGCUGGGCUUCUUAGAAAGCUUUUGUUUUAAAGAAUGUUCUUUAAUGCAAAAAAGCCUAUUUCUCUUGCCUGUCUCCCUUUUGUUAUUAAUAACGAAACUAUCUUUCUUACUCUGAUGUGGUUGGUACAUUUGCCUGUUUCUCCUCCUCCUCCCCUUCUUUUGGUGCUACUGAACUGUUUACAGGACAGCCCUUCUACUACCUGGAAGAGACUUAUAUUAACAGAAGCCCUGGUCUGACAUUAUUGGUAUUAGCCCUGUCCUCUUUGUCACUUGCAACUGAUAACUUCAUAACUCUUUCCUGCAGGAAAUACACAGGUGGCAUUUUCAAUGUGAAUCCAAAGCUUGUCAGGUCCUUUACAUUUUGUUUUGCCUUUUUAUGUUCUUUUCAUUGUGAUAAUGCUGUAUUUAAAGAGGAUAUUUAAGUGUAAAAGCAAAUAAAUGCAUCAACUUA